AAACCGAUGUGGUGAACCCAUACGAGCGAGCCGAUGUCCUGUGGAGCGAAAAUAUCCGUGAAAAUGGACCGACUCACGCUUUGAAGGGAUGAAAGAUCAUUUUUCUACUUAACCCUUUCUGCUCCGAGAUCCACCGAACAAUCGAGAAGAUGAUGCGCCAGGUGACCAGCAGUGACUUCUGCAUGAACAGCAGGCCGUCAUGCCUAGCAGAGGACGGCCACCAUCCCGCCUCCCACUUUGACCUGUGCACCUCGCAGUCCAACAAGUUCUACCCUCCUCCCCCGCCGCCAUCCCUCCAGAUGACGCUGGCUCCCAUGGCCUUACCCACCCAGAGCCACAAGCCCAUGGUGUGCCAGAGACAAGAAGUUCUUGGGGGCGACCUCCGCUCGCCUGGAAAAAUACCGGGAAUAAAAGGCACCGAUCAAGCGCCGGAUGACAGCAAGAAAAAGAACAAGGCUGUCGGGAAGACGGGCAGGCGUGGGAGGCCUUUGGGAACCACCAAGUUAGCCGGAUACAGAACCAGCACGGGGCGACCCCUCGGCACCACCAGAGCUGCUGGGUUCAAGACGAGCCCUGGAAGGCCACUCGGUACGACCAGAGCGGCAGGGUAUAAGGUCAGCCCUGGACGGCCUCCUGGCAGCAUCAAAGGCCUCUCUCGCCUCAACAAACUGGCUUACAGUAGCACCUGCAGCGGAGCGGCUUUCCCCUAUCCACUACCACACAAAGAAAUCCUCUGUGAACCUUCCUGCAAAGAGAAGACAGCUAAUGAGUAAAAGCUCUGCCCUGUUUCUACUUCACCCGUCAUCGCUGGAAUAAGAGACGCUUAUGCACAGGUUUCCUGCCACACACUGGGGCUGAUUGUAAACUUUCCCAGUCUGCUGUGACGCUGAGAGGAGGAGAUUUUCUAUUAUUCGUGUUGGUGUCAUUUGUGUGCCUGCCACCUGAUAUAAUUACUGUUAGUUUUUCAGUGCUACUGCUGGAGAUCUAUAGUGUAUGAAAGGUUUCACUACACAUUUGCUGUGUCUGUUUUCUCGGGAAAAAAAAAAAGCAAAACCAGAUGUUCUUUGAGGAGAAGGCUUUUAUCUAACAACUGUAGUGGUAGCUUAAUUUUUAGUGUGCUAUAUGUAGCAUUUUAACACCAACAAAUGAUGGAAACAUUCAUUUUAAUAAUCUUGUUUACUGUGUAAUUACUGUAAACAAAGGAGACCAUUGCUGAGAAGACUGAUAGUCACAUUUAUGUGAAAUCUGCCGAGCUGGUACAAAACAAGGACGAACUUUAAAUGUUUUCACACUACAGUUUUAUACAGCUAAUAUUGUUGGAUUUUCACUCUUGCUGUUUAAACAAACACACCAAACAAGAAAGAAAGGACAGAUGUGAAGGAGAAGGGUUGUAGGAAAUGGAAAUUCAGAGGAGUGCUUGGUAGGCAAGUGCUUUGCUCAGUGGUACUUCAGAGCUACACAAACAGAUAUUUCUCCACUCUUAACAGCACCCCAGAACUGAAACCUAAACCGAUCGAGCUCCACUCAGCUCCAGAAUUCACACUAAAAAAAACCACGACUCCUCCUAAAAACGUGUGACUCUCUAAACGUCACCUCACAAAAUGUCUACAUAUUAUUUGCAUGCAAGUGUCAUCGAAACAACCGACUCAAGUUGCAGAUUGUUGUGAGAAAUUAAUGCUGUUAUCCAAGUCUGAACUAAGGUUCUGUUUGUAAUGUAAUGUUUUUCACUAAAAGUACAUAGAAAAGGAAAAAAAAGCUCACUUCACCUCCCACUUUGCUUAUGGCCUGCUAAACGUUGGACUGGCGUGGACUGUGGUUGCCUUGUUGCUCCAUCAAACGGAGACGUUGUUAGUUUUCUAUAUUCUGCUUGGUACUGGAUCACUCUUCACGACAGUCAAAUCUGAGGUAGCUCACCUUGACCAUUAGAUAGUUUAACCGCCUACUUGCUUAUUCAUGGUUUCUUGACUCCCUGAUUUUGUCGACUCGUCCGGUGCUUGAAAACUGUUGAUUCUGGUCCGUGUUUCAGUGCAAAUACCAAAAUUACACAUUUUUACAAACAUUGUUUUUCUACAUAGCCUUUAUGCUUCUUUUUUAUCUACCUUAAAGCAACAAAAGAGGAACUUUCCCCAAACUAAACUGUCCAAAAUAAGCAAAAUAUUUAUUUAAAUCAGGACCUAUGUAAUUAGUUUAGUUUACUCCCAGGCUCAACGCUGUACUAGUUUUGCACUAAAACUUGAUUUUGUGGCUAUUAACAAAUUUGAACAAAAUGUGUGAUUAAUGUGUUAUAUUCCCAACUCCUACAGCAAUAUGAGGUGCAAUGUAAACAUUUAUGAGUGUCUUAUUGCAUCUAUACAGAGAGAGAAAGAGCAUACUGUUUCACUUUAAGAGGGACAUCUUGUAUCAUUGUCACAUUUUCAGUAAAGUCUGUCACCCGAAGAAUUUGCAUUAAACCACAAGAUACAAUUUUUUGGUGUAAACAAAGCUACAAUCUUGGCCAACAAUCAAAAUUCAAGUCUAAAUUAUACUAUAUUUUGCUUUAAUGUUACAUUCAUCACAUGACAAUAAGCAAAUAUAAUCGUAUCUGUGAUGAAUGUGUUGCUGAAAGCACUGAUGAUGAAUGACAGGACAGUUACACUGUAGUCAAAGCACGUAUUUACGAAAUGUCUUUAAAUUUGGUGUGAUAUUUGCCUGACAGACAUUUACCCAAAUAAGGAUACAAAUAGUUUUUUGGUAUCCCUGCUCACAGAUAAGAAAAUACUUAUAGGACACGUGUUUGAUUUGGAUUUUAAUGCUGAGAUGUAAACAAAUGAGACCAUCCCUGACCAGGCAGUCAGUCACUGCUGGCCUCUAUUGGGCUUUUUUUUUUUUUUUUCAACCACUGGUUUGUAUUUUGUGGGAAAUCUGCAGGCAGAGGGUGCUGUUCCUCUAGAGGAAAAGUCAGUUCCCCUACAAUAGUCUCCUUCAAGAAAUCUGAAGAGAAAAGAACUAAAAAAAAGCCACAUUUGUUGAAUCUGAUGAAGCUCUUACAACCAAAAUCAUAAGUGUGAGUGCGACUACAAAUCAUCUCAGUCAUGGUCUCAUUUGUUUACAGUGACCACACUAACAAUUUAUAUAAAUGUUUAAAUUUCUACAUUUAAAUGAACAAUAUUCUUUAUCCUUUUUUUUCUCUUAUUUUUAGCAGUGGCAUGAUCCAGUCAUGUCUAUUUUUUUAAUAUUGCUAUUUAUUAUUCUUUUUUUUCUUUUACACAGACAUGCUCGUGUAAACCCUGUAAAGCACUUGAAACUGUUGGCUGAGCUUUUAUGAGACGCUAAUGUGAAAUAAUUUAGUGCAAAUUUAGUUUCAUUGGUUUAAUAGUUGUUAUUUCACAACUUGCUCAGUAAAUACAGAUCACAUAUAGUCAAAUCUGAUUUUAAUCCAAAAUAACUAUUUGACUAUUUGUUCGAACCAUUUGGCAGAUGUACAAAUAUUCUCACAGCUAAUGAACAUCGGGUUGUUCCAUUAUUCACAUGAGGGGAAUUCGAGUCCAGAGAGUGGAGAAAUAGUGCAGCUUCACUGAGGUUUGACAAAAUUAAAAACGGUUAAAUCUGGUGCAAUAAUAUGUUGUAUGUAUUGUACUGUGGAAACUUUGAUACUAUCACUUUUUAUUAUCGUUGUAUUUUUAAACUUGUGUACAAGGCCUUUUAUCACUUGUUUUGUUGACGUGUGUAGUGCUAACAGAGAUAAUUGAAACGUCGCGUACAAACAUCCUUUUUCGCCCACCUUUACCAAAGAAUAUGAUCUUAUCUAACCAUAGAUGCUGUUUGAUUUAGAAAUACUCCAGCAUCUCACGACAUAACCUUAGCAUGAAAGUUACUGUGUACAAUGUAAAUGGAAAAAAAAAAUAACACUCGGAGUCCACUAUCCAACAAAAGCUAGUAUGAUUGCUUGGAUUAAAACCUUUACAUGGUUGCAUCUGAUGCUUUUCAUGGUUCAAAAGGCUUAAAAUGCCAGUUUCUUGACUGCAUUGUAAAUGAUUACACACUGAUGGUGUAAACUUCCUUCAUCGUUUUUACAUCCAUCUGUUUCUCUGCUUUGAAAGUACUGUCCUUUUUUUAAAAAAAAUAUAUGAUUCUUAUGUAGCCUUGUUUGAUAUUUAACUGAUGGAUUUGUUUAAGGCUGACAUGGUGCCUGGUUGUCGCACAUUCGGAAAUUUGUGAGAGUUAUUUUUCACACAGUGUUUGUGUUAGAAUGAAGUUGGAUUUGUAUGUUUGUUGCAAACCCUAAUAGGACAAAUGUGCUUGCUGUUAGCGAAAUAGUUCCCUUUUUUUCCCACAGCAGAUGUUUUGACACUGAAGGAAAAGUGGAAAGUAGCAAAACUAAUUAUGGCUGUUGCUCAAACUGCUGCCUGUCACACUGUUUGGGGCUAAUUUGGACGUUUGAAUCGAUGCCAAUUUUACUAGUAACUAGUAAUUCUACGACAAAUCAAAAUGUCUUCUGUGAAAAAGAUCUUUUGUCUUUCCUGCCCCAUCUUCUAGCCUCUGUUUACAAGCAUCUGACAUUUUUUAUUUACCGACCAGCUGAAACAUGUUUUUCCGUCUUCUAAGAUAACCGGUCUUAUACUGAUAAUUAUCUUGUCUUGCAGCAAACAAAAAAUUAUUGUUGUGUCAAAUUUCUGCUCCAAUGAGGUUUUAGAGUGUGCCAGACCCACAUGGGUUUGGCUUGUGGAAUACUGUGUUAAAUAAGUUAAAUGCCACAAUUAGAUGCAUCAUUCUUACCGAGCAUGUAGAUAUUCUUGUUGAGAAAAUGUAACCUGGGUCCAGACCUCUAAAUUUAGACCCUUGUGUCAAUUAUUUAGAGAUUAUAGCAAUAAAAUAGAAAAAGUUUACAUUACAAGAAGAUCAGUGGAUACAGAUGACCAAAGCAAAGGUCUAUGGUGGAUUCUAAAAUGGGAUCAAGUGGACAAAUUUUGCCCUCUUGUCCAUAAUUCUUAAUGGCCAGCCUGGUCAUAGGGCUGCGACUUUAAAUAGUUUGUGUUACUAUUCUUUUUUUCCUAUUAGAAAAGAAAACACAGAUUUGUGGUUUCAUUUUGCCUCCCAUAUUUGAGUUGAACAAAGUUCACGAUCUGGUACAGUAAUAGUAGAUGUUUAUUUGUAUUAUUAUAUGACAAGAAAUCCACAAGAACAUGUUUCAGCUCUGUAGAAAGACUGAUGAAAGAAACCCCACUCAGACAGGCUAGUUUGACCUCUAAAUACCAUCUGAUUAAACUGUUUAAAUGUACAUAUGAAGCCAAAAACAAUACUUUAAGGCUGAGAUUAGACAUGGAUGUGAUCAACUGUUGGACGUGGUUAGGAUUUAAGUAAGAGUUUAGGCAGGACUUCACAGCAUGACACUUUUUUGUCAUAUUAUCUCAGAUAUUUGACUUUCUCUUCUGUUAACUGAUAAAACAGUCCACUGACCUCAGAACAUCCCAAACUUCUUUGUACGUCUGUUUCACAGUGUAGCUUUCAGUUCUAAAAAUACUUUGCUAAAUGUAAGAACAAGGUGUUGGAACUUAUAGAAUAAAUACAACUUCUUAUCUAAAGUUAGCUCAAACUUCUACAGAGGACAUCACAGAAGGGAUGAAGAGUUCAGGGAUAAUUAUUACCUGAGGAGUAAUUACUGAAAUUAAAAUCAAUGCUCACCCAAAGCACACUUUCUAAUAGUUUACUGCCUUUUUUUUAUUAUUGUUUUUUAAGUGUUUUUUUUCUCUCAUCAUCUUCAGCAUUCAAACAACACAUGGUCUAUCGUCUGUAGAUGAUUUUAAAAAAAUAUAUUACCUCACAUUUUGGGUGUUUUUGAGAAGACGUGAAGCCCAGUUUCUCCUGAGGCAUGAUUGGCGAAGCCUGUAAAGCUUUGUACUAUUCCCAUUUUAUUCCUGCAUGAUUGUUGUGGAAUGUUCAAAAGUUGUGUAAUAAAUCUGAAAGUAACACA